AUGGCUGAGAUAGAUGCCAUCUUGCAAAAAUACACAGACCCUGAAACUGGCAGUAUUCAUGGUGCCAGUUUCGUCGCUGUCGAUGCCAAUGGCAAUGACAUAUAUCGCAAAUCGUUCGGGCAUCAAAAAGUUGACGUAAAGAACUCACCACCACUAACCCUGGACACGGUGACAUGGAUCGCCAGCCAAACAAAGCUCACCACAUCUGUGUCAGUGAUGCAGCUUGUCGAGAGGGGGUUGAUUGGACUCGAUGAUGAUGUGCGCGAAGUUCUACCCCAGCUCAAAGAGCUCAAAGUCCUGGUCGCCUUCGAAGACGAAGACGGCGACGUCGUAGAGCCUGAGCCCACCAGUCACGAUAGUGGAAAUGGGCCAUACAUCAACAAAUCUCUCCCCAAACCCAAGGGGCAGCCAAUUUUUGAAGAUGUAAAGGGCCCAAUUACUUUGCGACAUCUUGUCACGCAUACUUCUGGAUUGUGCUAUGACCUGGCAAGCCCACUAUUAAUGAAGUACUCUGCGUGGAUUGGUCGCAAGGAGAACAUGUUCUCUGGCACAAUUGAGGGUUUCUUUCACCCACUACUCUUCCAGCCGGGAACGUCCUGGACGUACGGUCCCGGACUUGAUUGGGCAGCCAAAGUGGUUGAGAAACUGACAGGAUUGGAAUUUGACGAAUACCAACAGAAGAAUAUUUGGCAGCCCCUCGGAGCUAAGAACACGACAUUCUUCCCGGCGAAACGUGGCUUGACUCAAGAAGACAUUCACGAACCGGCAUCUCGUGCUGAUGGCAAGGGCUCUCAAAAUCUUGAACCUGGAACGUCUCCGUGGAAGUUUGAGUGUCGCGAUGCCCUUGGAAGUGGAGGAUUGUUCUCGACCGCCAACGACUAUAGCAAGCUUCUUGCGGCGUUGCUCAGUGGGGGAGGGUCACUCCUUAGCCAAGCCUCAGUCGAUGAGCUUUUCCGCCCACAGAUUGGGCCCGGUGCCGUCAAAGGGCUACGGCAAUUCAUCAUUGGUACUGAUUUGGAUAGCACUCAAGCUCCAAUAUGGACAGGGUCUGCUGAGGAAUGGCAGGAUGUGAUGAAGCUGCAACAUUCGCUGUGCGGAGUUGUGAACGCCGAAGAUGUCAAGGCUCGUAGGAGGAAAAAUACCGUUCAUUGGUCAGGUCUACCGAAUUUGAUAUGGUAUAUUGACCGGGAGAGUGGCGUAACAGCGACAUUCUUCACCCAGUUGCUGCCAGUCGGGGAUCGGCCAGCACGACAGAUAUGGCUAGAUAUAGAGGAGGCUCUAUAUAAGAUCGUCAACAAGAAAUAG